AACACUACACUGACCACAGUGUGCUGAACGGCUGAUUACGAGUUUUACAACUUUCUUUCUCGUAUAGACGAAGUGGGUAGAGCAAUUAACCAGCAACAAUCUCCAAUGGCGAACUAAAACCACCCCCUCUCUAAAACCCUAAACCUCCCGCUUUCUCUCUCCACUCCAUUUCUCUCUCUCUCCAACACCCUCCCAAAAACAAUGAUGUACGGAGAACCUCCUCAGCAACAACAGCAACAACAGCAACAACAACAACACCAACAACCACCACCACCGCAACAAUUUCAACACGCGCCACCACCACACAUGCAUCCUCCGCCGCAAUUUCAACACGGGCCACCUCCGCCGCAUCAGCACCAACAGCCACCUGGCAUGGACUUCCAUAGGGGCCCACCACCACCACCUCCUCCUUCAAUGAUGCGUCCUCCUUCCGCUUCUCCUGCUCCUAAUCUCCCUCCUCCUCCUCCCGAUUUUCACCACCCGCAACAACAACAACAACAACAGCAACAACUACAGCAACAACAGCAGCAACAACACCAACAACAACAUCACCAACAACAACAACAACAACAACAGCAGCAACAACAACAUCCUUAUGACUCUCACGGUGAUAGUUAUGCGGCAAAAAGAAUGAGAAAGCUUACACAAAGACGAGCUGUUGAUUAUACGAGCACGGUUGUCCGCUAUGUUCAGGUUCGCAUGUCGCAGCGUGAUGCGAGGGACCGAACAAUAUUGCAACCUACCCCUGGAGCAGCUAUUGAUUUGUUACCACCGGCUGCUUAUUCCGAUAAUCCAUCGACAAGCUUUGCAGCAAAAUUUGUUCACACAUCUUUGAACAAAAACAGAUGCUCUAUUAAUCGUGUUCUGUGGACCCCCAAUGGAAGGCGUCUAAUUACAGGUUCACAAAGCGGUGAAUUUACUCUCUGGAAUGGCCAAUCAUUCAACUUUGAAAUGAUCCUUCAGGCUCAUGAACAAGCAGUCAGGUCAAUGGUAUGGAGUCAUAAUGAGAAUUGGAUGGUUACCGGGGAUGAUGGAGGCUCAAUAAAGUAUUGGCAGAAUAAUAUGAAUAAUGUCAAGGCCAACAAUUCUGCUCACAAAGAAUCAGUGCGGGAUCUGAGCUUCUGUAGAACAGACCUGAAAUUCUGCUCUUGCUCUGAUGAUACUACAGUAAAAGUUUGGGAUUUUGCGAGGUGUCAAGAGGAGAAGUCAUUAACAGGCCAUGGUUGGGAUGUGAAGAGUGUUGAUUGGCACCCUACAAAGUCUUUACUGGUCUCAGGUGGUAAAGAUAACCUUGUGAAACUUUGGGACGCUAAGAGUGGGAAGGAGCUCUCCUCAUUCCAUGGUCACAAGAACACUGUGCUCUGUGUCAAAUGGAAUGACAACGGAAACUGGGUACUAACUGCUUCCAAGGAUCAAAUAAUCAAGCUUUAUGAUAUAAGGGCUAUGAAGGAGCUUGAGUCAUUUCGUGGCCACAGGAAGGAUGUUACUGCAUUGGCGUGGCACCCAUUUCAUGAAGAAUACUUUGUCAGUGGAAGUUAUGAUGGCUCCAUUUUUCAUUGGCUUGUUGGGCAUGAAACUCCACAAAUUGAAGUUCCAAAUGCUCAUGAAAAUGCUGUAUGGGACCUUGCUUGGCAUCCUGUUGGAUAUAUUUUGUGCAGUGGGAGCAAUGAUCACACAACAAAAUUUUGGUGCAGAAAUAGGCCAGGGGACACUGGUCGAGACAAGUUUACUACUGGCUACAACCAAGGCUACGGUGAACAAAAUCCUGCUUUUGCUAACCGUGCAGCGGGGAAUUUUCCUAUGGUGGAACCCCCAACAACGCCAGGAUCUUUUCCACCAGGACUGGCACGAAAUGAAGGUACAAUUCCCGGUGUAGGAGCUGCAAUGCCACUUUCCAACUCAUCAAUUGAUACUUCUCAGGGAGAGCAGAAGCAGGCUCAUCCAGCACCUCCUUUGCCACCAGGGCCACAUCCUUCUCUGCUCCCUGCCAAUCAACCUCCAACAUAUCAGCAUAAUCCUCAGCAAAUUCAACAACAGGGGGUUCCCCAACAAAUGCCAUCAUACCCACAGCCUCCUCCAAAUAUACCUCAGCUACAGCAUCCAUCCCAUAUGCCCCUCCAUCCACAUCCUCAUAUGCCUCGUCCCCCUCCCCAAAUGCCACCACAUAAUAUGUCCUCUAAUAUCCCAUCUUCAGGUCCCGGAUCCAUGCCAAUGCCCCCCACGUCAGUUCCAAUGCCAAUGCCUGGUCAAAUGGGAAUGCAGAAUGCUACAAAUCAAAUGGUUCCACAAAUGCAACAAGGGCAUUAUAUGGGCAUGAACCCUAUGCAAUCAGGACCCAUUCAUAGUGGUGGAAUGCCCCCUCCUGCUGGAGGUUUCUCAAAUGGGAUGCCAAAUAUGCAGGGCCCACCAAGUACAAGUGGACCACAAAUGUAUCCACCAGCAGGUGCAUUUAACCGUCCGCAAGGAGGACAAAUGCCCAUGAUGCCUGGGCUUGGCCCUUAUCAGCCUGCUAAUCAAGGUGGUAUGCCACCGCCCCCUUUACCACCUGGUCCGCCUCCACAGCAAACACAACAGUAGGCCUAUUGAUGCAGACAUGAAUGAGCAUGGUUAGCCGUGAAGCCUGUAGUGAGUUAUGGAUCUGUUUCUCUACAUUGUCAUGCGGAAGGAUAGCAACUGGUGGUUGACUCAUCAUGGACCUUUUUGACUUUAAUCUAGUUAGAGGAUGAUGCAACUGAUUGUAAAGAAUCAGAUGGGUGUUAAAGCAAGUUAUGGUUGUUGACUAUUAAGCAGUUUCUUACGCCGUUCAAAGUCGGGUGUAUGAUGUGUAGUAUUAAUGUUUCGACAAACUAUAUUUGAAAUCCAUUUUACAUAUUUGUUCAUCAUUAUUUUUUAUGAUUA